AUGCCAACGUCACAUGAUAUGGGAUGUAGCAGUAGUCUGGAGUCCCUCGUACUUAAUUCUUCACAGAAACACACCCAGCUGUCCAGCUGGCCACAUGGAGGAGGAAUAUCUGGACUUUGUUUGCUGGAAAGAAAGGAUUACAGCAGAUCCACACAUAUCCAUCUUACUUUUCCAUCCUUGAAGGGCCCUGUGCCAGAGAACGGGUCUAUAUUUAGCAAACUUCAACAUCGGGAAGAUAAGAACUCACGAACUGAGAGACUAUAUUUAUCUACUCUUCAGCUUGCACAUAUCAGAAAGUCUGGGGACUCCGGCGGAGGAGAUUUUGGUGCAUUCCAUCGUCAGAUUUCCCAAUUCGCUGGCACACGAGGUGCUAGAACCGCGGCUUUAAUCGAAGACAUCGGCUGCAUGAACCUCUCAACAACGCCAAUGAAUACCCUUGACCAUAAUAAAGAUGUGCCACCGCCCCCUUUGGCAUCCGUAUUUCGCGAGAAGCAAGGGAGGAAUUCUCCAGACAUAUUUCUGCUAAUAUUCUUCUCUAUCCAGCCCUUCUAUACUUACUCUGUUGGGACUCCAGCAAUCCAGGGAAUAAUGCAAAAUCGGUUGAACAUGGCUGGCCACACAGCAGACAUCCCUAAGAACAACAAGGAUAUCCUAUCCCGCUUAGGCCAGACGAUCGUGGGGAGGAGAGUUUCGCGACAGUUGACGGCGCAUUCCGACUGGGGCCCCGGUACAACUUGUGGAUUUCAUCCUUGA